CGCCCGAGGAGAUCUCGUCGAUGGUCCUUACGCGCAUGAAGGAGACAGCGGAGAACUACCUCGGCCAGGAGAUCAAGCAGGCUGUUGUCACGGUCCCUGCGUACUUCAACGACCAGCAGCGCCAGUCGACGAAGGAUGCCGGUGCCAUUGCCGGCCUCGACGUCAAGCGCAUCAUCAACGAGCCCACGGCCGCCGCCCUCGCGUACGGCUUGGACACGAACGCCGGUGCCGAUGGCUCGAAGACCAACAUCCUCAUCUUCGAUCUCGGUGGUGGUACCUUCGAUGUGUCGAUCCUCUCGAUCGAGAACGGCAUCUUCGAAGUCAAGUCGACGGGCGGUGACACGCAUCUCGGUGGUGAAGAUUUCGACUCGAACAUGGUCGACUUCCUCGUCACGGAGUUCAAGCGCAAGAACAAGGGCCUUGACCCCACGUCGUCGGCUCGCUCGAUGCGCCGUCUCCGCACGGCCUGCGAGUCGGCCAAGCGCAUGCUUUCCACGACGACGUCGGCUUCGAUCGAGGUUGAUUCGCUCUUCGAGGGCGUUGACUUCUCGUCGACGAUGACGCGCGCCAAGUUCGAGUCGCUCAACGAAGAGUGCUUCAAGCGCACGGAGGAGACCGUCCUCAAGGUGCUCGCCGACGCCAACAUGCAGCCCGGUGACAUCACGGAGCUCGUCCUUGUCGGCGGUUCCACGCGUAUCCCCAAGGUGCAGAACAUGCUCUCGGCUGUCUUCGGCGGCAAGGAGCUCUCGAAGUCGAUCAACCCGGAUGAGGCCGUCGCGUACGGUGCUGCCGUCCAGGGCGCCAUCCUCUCGGGCAUCCGCAACGACGCCACGAACUCGCUCCUCCUCGUCGAUGUGACGCCGCUCUCGCUCGGUAUUGAGCUUGUUGGCAAGGUCAUGUCGGUGCUCAUCAAGCGCAACACGGCGAUUCCCGUCAAGAAGACGCGCAUCUACACGACCGAAGAGGACUGGCAGACGACGGAGAAGGUCGUUAUCUUCGAAGGCGAGCGUGCCUGCGUCGUCGACAACAACAAACUCGGCGAGUUCGAGAUCUCGGGCAUUGAGCGCGCCAAGCGCGGCGAGCCGCAGAUCGAAGUCACGUUCGAGAUCGAUGCCAACGGUAUCCUCCACGUCUCGGCCCGCGACAAGAAGACGGGUGCCAAGAACGCGACGACGAUCUCCAACAACCGCGGCCGCCUCACCCAGCAGGACAUUGACCGCAUGGUCGAAGAGGCCGAGAAGUUCAAGAAGGAUGACGCGCAGAUGCUCAAGCGCAUCGACGCCCGCAACGACCUCGAGGGCUACCUCUACCGCGCGCUCGAAGCCGCCUCCAAGAAGAACGACGCGGCCGCCCAGACCGCGCUUUGCGAAGCCCGUGACUGGAUGGACGACAACGAGGAACUCACGGUGCGCGAACUCGAAGACAAGCGUCGUGUCCUCGAGCGCACGUACAAGUAUUAGAUCAUCAUCGCUGCUCGCCACCCACGCUAACUCUAAUAAUAUGCCAGUGGCCGCCAACACAAUA